GAAGACAAGGAGAGGAGAGAAUGUGGGGCGCUAACGCAGCUCAAAACGCUGUACGUCAGUGCUGACAUGACAACCGAGACCACUCAGCAGCAGCUGGACCCUCCGCCUCCUCUGAGAUCCAGCCCGGCGUCCGGCGUCUUGCACCCCGCUAUGCUGAGCUCACAGGCCGCCACGGAAAGCGCUUCUGCGGGCGCCAAGGGAAAGAAGAGCAGCUCGGGUCUGAGGCGACCAGAGAAGCCUCCGUACUCCUAUAUCGCUCUUAUCGUCAUGGCAAUACAAAGCUCGCCGACCAAACGUCUGACCCUCAGUGAGAUCUACCAGUUCCUGCAGGCUCGCUUCCCGUUCUUCAGAGGUUCAUAUCAAGGCUGGAAGAACUCAGUCCGACAUAAUUUGUCACUGAACGAGUGCUUUAUCAAGCUGCCCAAAGGACUAGGCCGGCCCGGGAAAGGCCACUACUGGACCAUCGAUCCGGGCAGCGAGUUCAUGUUCGAAGAGGGUUCGUUUCGGCGCAGACCAAGAGGCUUCAGGAGGAAAUGCCAAGCCUUGAAGCCCAUGUACCGGAUGAUGAACGGCAUCGGCUUCGGCACCUCUAUUCUCCCGCAGAGCUUCGACUUCCAGGCUCCAUCCGCCACCCUUGCCUGUCACAGCAACAGCUACAACCUGGACAUGAUGAGCAAUUCGAUGGCUGGAGGAUACGACGGCCUGAGUGGGGGCCACCAUGUCCCCCACAUGUCCCCAAGCCCCGGAUCUACGUACAUGGCGAGCUGCCCUGUCCCUCCGAGCGGGGAGUAUGGGCCGGACAGCAGCAGCAGCCCAGUCCCGUCCUCUCCGGCUAUGGCCAGUGCACUGGACGGCCAUUCCCCGUACGCCUCAACGUCCGCGCAUUGGGCUUCCUCCGGCGGCUCCCCCUACAUCAAACAGCAGUCCCUGGCCUCCAGCAGCACGGCGUCGUCCGGUUUACACUCCGGCAUGUCGCCCUAUUCUCUGGAGCAGAGUUACCUCCACCAGAACGGCAGGGACAGCCACUCAGCUGACAUAUCAGUGGGCAUUCCGCGCUACCAGAGCCACUCCUCGGUGUGCGACAGGAAGGACUUUGUGUUGAACUUUAACGGCAUCUCGUCCUUCCACCCCUCGGCCAGCGGAUCCUACUACCACCACCACCACCACCACCCGCAGAGCGUGUGUCAGGACAUCAAACCGUGCGUGAUGUGAGCUCGGACUCCCCGCAGAGGGAGGGAGGGGCACCGACGGUCACAGUGAAACUGCAGCUCCGUCACAUCUGAAGAAACAGAAGCAAAACAAGCGGACAUGUCGAUUUUGAAGGAGUCGUGGACGCACCCGCGUCCACUUUCACGUGUUUGUCUUUUGAGUGCAACUUAAAUAUGUCUAUUUCUGUUGGACUUCAGGAGAAAAUGCAUUGAAGGAAACGAACGAAGAAACCCCAGAGGCAUCUUUAGUAAAAACCACUUCGCCUUAAUGAACCCUGACGAGCUUUCUUCCUCCAAAGAAGCCUCAGAAACACCGACUGUUAAUGCGUUUGCCCUUGUAACACGCGCAAACUACUUAUAACCCAUGUAACUAUGAUUUUUGUUGUUGUUGUUUUUACAUUGUUUGUAUAAGUACACACACAACGCUUUAGACUUCCAUGAACUGCAACAAAUCUUGCACUUAUUGUAUAACCAUUGCCAACUUUUUUUUUUUUUUUGACU